AGAAGCAGCAGCAGAGGGAGAGCCGCGGUCAGGUUAUCAUGUGGUGUGUGACAGUGUGUGUGGUGGCUCUCGUCCUCGCCGGAGGCAGUGGUGUUUCUGUCAUGCGACGUCACCAUGGCAACCGCUUCGCCGCCCAGCCAGGCGUCAGACCGCACGAACGCCUGGACCCCGAGGUCACCAUGAACAUUUCAGAGAUCAUCCGGCGGUGGGGUUACCCAGCGGAGGAACACGAGGUUCAGACGGAGGACGGGUACAUCCUGACCAUCAACAGGAUCCCACACGGACUCAAACACACUGCAUCAGGUCCGAAGCAGGUGGUUUUCCUCCAGCAUGGCCUCCUGGCUGCAGGCAGUAACUGGAUCACCAACCUGCCCAACAGCAGCCUGGGCUACGUGCUGGCCGACGCCGGCUACGACGUCUGGUUGGGCAACAGCCGAGGAAACACCUGGUCCAGAAAACACCGAACCCUGCGACCUGACCAGGAUGACUUCUGGAAGUUCAGUUAUGAUGAGAUGGCUCAGAAGGAUCUUCCAGCCGUCGUGAAUCACAUCCUGAAGACAACAGGCCAGGAACAAAUCUUCUACAUCGGACACUCGCAGGGGACCACCAUAGCCUUCAUAGCUUUCUCCACGUUGCCUGAAUUGGCCAAUAAGAUCAAGUUGUUCUUUGCCUUGGCUCCCGUGGCGACGGUGGCGUUCACCACCAGUCCCAUGACCAAAAUGUCCGUCCUGCCCGACUUCCUUAUAUGGGACCUGUUUGGGAAGCGGGACUUCCUGCCUCAGAGCGACAUGAUCAAGUGGUUCGCCGAACAUUUCUGCAGUAAGGAGCGACUCAGCGAGCUGUGUGGGAACAUCUUCUUCGUCCUCUGCGGCUACGACGAGAAAAACCUCAACGUGACUCGGACCCCCGUCUACACCACUCACUGUCCUGCCGGGACCUCCGUGCAGAACAUGGUGCACUGGGCCCAGCUCGUGAAUGCAGGGAAGUUCAUGGCGUACAACUACGGCAGAGCAGGAAACAUGGCUCACUACAACCAGUCCACGCCUCCGGAGUACCACGUGAGGGACGUCAAGGUUCCCACCGCCGUGUUCUCCGGGGGACAGGACACGCUGGCCGACCCCAAGGACGUGGCCGUCCUCCUCACACAGGUGUCUAACCUCACCUUCCAUAAGCACAUUGAGCACUGGGACCACCUGGACUUCAUCUGGGGUCUGGACGCUCCGCAGGAAAUGUUCCACGACAUCCUGAAGCUGCUGCAGCAACACCGCUGAGUGUGUGUGUGAGUGUGUGUGUGUGUGUGUGUGUGUGUGUGUGUGUGUGUGUGUGUGUGUGUGUGUGUGUGUGUGUGUGGUGUUCAUUUCUUCAGACCUGGAUGGCGUCUGUUGUUUAACACUUGAACUCUGUUUACGCCUCCUGGUCCAGUUCAGGGUCCGUGGCCCGGCGGAGGGUCACGUGUGUGUCUCACCUGUCGUGCAGGUGUUGUGUGGGUGUGUAGGGCUCGCUGGGCUCGGGGCGUGGUCACACCUGUCGUCCGCUCGCUCACCUGCUCGCUCGCAGCUUCGGCUCCGUUCGGCUUCACGCGGCGAACACCAACGUGUGGAGCUGUCAGCUGAUUGGCCGGACUGACAUCACCGGCUCUCGUUAGCGUCCAAAAACAGUGAACUCGCCCUUUAAUGAAGCGGCUCGUUAGCGUUAGCAGCUAGCGGGUGGACCUGGACGCUAACGAGCCGCUUCUGUCUGUCAUUAAAGGGCAAGUUCACUGUUUUUGGAACUUACAGAUUAUCAUCAUCCUCAUUUCAGCGCUCGCUUCAGUAUUGAUCCUGAUAUGGAUGAGCUUCAGUAUUGAUCCUGAUAUGGAUGAGCUUCAGUAUUGAUCCUGAUAUGGAUGAGCUUCAGUAUUGAUCCUGAUAUGGAUGAGCUUCAGUAUUGAUCCUGAUAUGGAUGAGCUUCAGUAUUGAUCCUGAUAUGGAUGAAGCGGCUCCAGCGAGCUCGGCGAAGCGAGGCAGGUGUGAAAAGGACCUGAGUGACGGCCUUAUAACUCUGAAUAAAAAAUAACGAGCUGGAGUCUGGAGUCUCCACGCGUUUCACCACCAGCAAAAAAAACAAAAAAAACAUACCAAGUUCUUCUCAAACUGUAAUCCUGAUUUUUAGAAAAACUGAUUUGAUGUUGAAAUCAGUUUGCUGGAGUGAUUUCUCUCUGAUUUUUUUUUUUUUUUUGGCAGCAUAUCAAAAGCCAAAGAUCAUAUACUUGUAGUCUAAUGCCUGAAUGCAACAGAUGCAGUAAUCUUUAUGUUUUAUCAUUUUAUUUCCAGUGAUUGUGUAUUGAAAUAUUUUAAGGAUUGAGGCACUGCAGGGUUUUUAAAUGAUUCUGCCUCUCAGUGUUUCUGUUCCUGUGCCUUUGAGCAACCACGUACCUGAAAUAUGAAAUCAUGUUUUAUUUCUGAGCUGUGAUCUGAAUGUUGUUUGUUUUUUUUUUUGUCAUUUAUAAAUGAUUCCACUUCAGGGCGAUGCUGACCUCCUCUGAUUUUGUCACAGAGCCGCUGACAUCACCUUAUUGAUCAUGUCUCAGAGAGAGUCCGAUGAUUUGGACUGAGAAAUCAUGUGUGUCUCAUAACAGACGUCUGAAAUGAUGAGUGAUAUUUUGUGUUCAGAAGUUCUGAAUCUGCAGGUCGGAGAACAAAACCCAGACUUUAGAUCACAGAACGUUCCUCUUGGUUCUGUGGAUAUCAGCUCAGAGUGAUGAGGCGAGAACGUCAGCUCAGUCCUGAAGCCAUGAUUCACCUCUGAAACGUCCUUUUCUAAACUGUGUGCCUACGUCCGACAGCCCGCUCCACUCUGCACUUAGCCCCGAGCUAAGGCCUGCGUUAGCCCCGGGCUAAGGCCUGCUUUAGCCCCGGGCUAAGGCCUCCGUUAGCCCGGGCUAAGGCCUCCGUUAGCCCCGGGCUAAGGCCUCCGUUAGCCCCGGGCUAAGGCCUCCGUUAGCCCCGGGCUAAGGCCUGCGUUAGCCCGAGAACUGUCUUUUCACACCAGAGAUGAUACCCUGAGGCUUAGCCUAGGGCUAACUAAACCCUGCUCCAAAGUCAGGGCUAAGGUCUGUCAUGUGACUGUUAGGGCUAACGUUAGCACAGGGCUAAGGUUAGCACAGGGCUAAGGUUAGGGCUAAAUGAUGCAUCAUGGGUAAUGUGUCCGUUUCAGCCUCAGUGACUUGACGGAUUAAAGUUUAUAAAGGUGAAGCAUGAACGACUCUGUCGUUCAUGCUGAGUCAUGCUUUAGAUCCGCAUGACUCGGGUUUUCUGUUCGUUACUUCCUGAAAACACUAAGUCACUUCCUGUUCCUGUGAUCACUCAGACACCACAGAGAGAGAAAUGCACCUCUGUUUGUGUUUGUCUGGUAGAAUCUCAUCUUUUUAUUUUGUGUUUUGGUUCAUUUUGUCUAUUCAGUCAUUUCACUAAAAAGACUGAGAUUUACUUCAGAGUUUUUUAUUUUUGUUGUUUUGUUUUUACUAAUUUGUAAUUUUCUAAUUCGUAGAAACUAAACUUCGGCUAAAAUUGGGAAAUUUCUGGAAUAAAUCAGGAUCUGUGAUUUUAAAAAAAGCCUCGUGGAAGCGUUUUUGUCGACUCAGAAAUGAUGAAUUGUUGCAAACGAAUGAAAAAAGGCUCGCAGGAUCGACGUCGGACCAAAGAAAAAAGUGUUGAAGUUGAUUUUUAUGACGUUAAGCUGUGAGACAUUUGUUAUUAUUGCUGCUGCUUUGUAAUCACGUUAUUAAACUGUCCAAUAAAUAUCACAGAUCUUCAAUACUGCAGCUGUGAGCCUGGAAAGUGAAUGAAAAUGAAUAAAUGAAUGUUUCCUGUCAUCAUUCUGUGUUAAAAUGAAGUUUUAGUUUUUAGU